AUGUUAUCACCACCAAAUCAAAUCUCUUUCAUGAUACUUAAAAAUUCCAAAUUGUCCUCCUUAUCAAAAAAAUUACCUUUAAGUAAGUUUUCAUACAGAUAUAUUUCCAGUUCCAAUAAAAAUGAAUUUGAAGAACAGGGUAAGAGAAGUAAAAGAAGAAUCACUAAUUUUAGAGAUUCCUUAAAUUUAGGUCCAAGUUUUCAGGAUUUUCUUAAUGGCAAUGCUACUAAUUUCACAUUCGAUCCUUUAGAAAGAGCAAGACAAAAUAAUGAAAUUGAUAAAUUACCACCAUGGUUAAAAGUUCCUAUUCCAAAGGGUAGAAAUUACACAAAAUUACAUGAUGAUAUUAAGGAUCUCAAAUUGAGUACUGUUUGUCAGGAAGCCAAAUGUCCUAACAUCAGUGAUUGCUGGAGUGGAAAAGAUAAAUCAAAAGCCACGGCUACUAUUAUGUUACUGGGUGAUACUUGUACUAGAGGCUGCAGAUUUUGUUCUGUAAAAACAAAUAGAAAUCCAAAAAAACCUGACCUCAUGGAACCAGAAAAUACAGCAGAGGCCGUUGCAAGAUGGGGGUUAGGUUAUGUAGUACUUACCACUGUGGAUAGAGACGAUCUAAUUGAUAGUGGUGCACACCAUUUAGCUGAGACAGUUCAAAAGAUUAAACAAAAGUCAAAUGGAAAAAUACUUGUAGAAGUUCUUUCAGGUGAUUUUAAAGGUGAUAUGGAUAUGGUUGACAUUAUGGCCAAGUCAGGGUUAGAUGUAUAUGCACAUAAUAUGGAAACAGUAGAAGAAUUGACUCCACACGUAAGGGACAGAAGAGCUUCAUAUAGACAGUCCUUAGCUGUGUUGAAAAGGGCAAAGGAGACUGUACCAUCAUUAAUUACAAAAACAUCUCUCAUGUUGGGCUUUGGCGAGAGUGAUGAACAAAUAUUGCAAACUUUAAAAGAUCUAAGAGCAAUUGAUUGUGAUGUCGUAACAUUUGGACAAUAUAUGAGACCUACGAAGAAACAUAUGAAAGUUGUAGAAUAUAUUCACCCCGAUAAAUUUGACUAUUGGAAAGAUAUAGCUAUGAGUAUGGGUUUCAAAUAUUGUGCAUCUGGUCCUUUAGUUAGAUCAUCUUAUAAAGCUGGUGAAUCAUUUAUAGAAAAUAUCUUGAGAAAGAGGAACGUAUAA